CUCCAUCCCACGGAGAGGAGUUGAUGCUGCUGUCGCCGCCGCCGCCGCCGAAGCCGGGGCUGAUGGAUGCCAGGGAGUGCCGCAUUGCUUAGCGUCCCCGCCUCCGGGUUUGCUGACGCUCUCUCCCCGCCCUGGAGCUCAGCGCUGAAGAGCCACCUUAUUAUUAAUCAGAAUUCCCAUCGUUAUCCCUGGCAGGCGCAUCCUUCAGUAGGGCCUGCAGAAGCAUCACAGAGCUGGGGCUGAGAUGUGCGUGGGGGUUGUUUUUGUUACAUCUUGGAAGAGAAGAGGACAGGACCAAGAUCAGUGCCAAGCGAGCUGGGUGGGCUUGGGAGCGUUGUGUUAGGAUUGAGGAGAGACAAGGAGUGUUGGGCCCGCCAGAGGUCCACAUCUCUUUAAAGGAAAGGGAAGAGGGAACCAAAGUGAGGCAUUGUUUUUUAGGGGUGGGAAAAGUUUAUAUCCCCCAGAAAAAAAGCUGCAGGAGAGCAGGAGCAACAGGGUACUAGUCUGGACACCAAGACAAAUAAUUUCCUGUACAGAAGAGGAAGCAGGCAGCAGUGAGGUCCAGAGGCCAGAGCCCGGUGGUGGCCAAGGCCAGGUUUGUUGUGGGACAGUCAGCAAGAGGAACGGAAGGUUCAGGAAUAAGCAGAACAAUGACUCAUUUACAAGCUGGUCUCUCUCCGGAGACCCUGGAGAAAGCUCGCUUGGAGCUCAACGAGAACCCAGACACACUGCACCAGGACAUCCAGGAGGUGAGGGAUAUGGUCAUCACCAGGCCGGACAUUGGCUUUCUGCGCACAGAUGAUGCCUUCAUCUUACGCUUCUUGCGGGCCAGGAAGUUUCAUCACUUUGAGGCCUUCCGCCUCCUGGCCCAGUACUUUGAAUACCGGCAGCAGAACCUGGACAUGUUCAAAAGCUUCAAGGCCACUGACCCGGGCAUCAAGCAGGCACUGAAGGAUGGCUUCCCUGGGGGCCUGGCCAAUCUGGACCACUAUGGCAGGAAGAUUCUAGUCCUUUUUGCAGCCAACUGGGAUCAGAGCAGGUACACACUGGUGGAUAUUUUGCGUGCCAUCUUACUUUCUUUAGAAGCCAUGAUUGAAGAUCCUGAGCUUCAAGUGAAUGGAUUUGUUUUGAUCAUAGACUGGAGUAACUUCACCUUCAAGCAAGCCUCCAAACUUACACCAAGCAUGCUGCGAUUGGCUAUUGAAGGCCUUCAGGAUAGUUUCCCAGCACGAUUUGGAGGAAUUCAUUUUGUCAAUCAGCCGUGGUAUAUCCAUGCCCUGUACACCGUGAUCCGGCCUUUCCUAAAGGAGAAGACUCGGAAAAGGAUAUUUUUGCAUGGUAACAACCUGAACAGUCUACACCAACUAAUUCAUCCUGAGAUCCUGCCUUCUGAGUUUGGAGGGAUGCUGCCCCCUUAUGACAUGGGAACAUGGGCAAGAACACUGCUAGACCACGAGUAUGAUGAUGAUAGUGAAUACAAUGUAGACUCCUACAGCAUGCCCAUGAAGGAGGUGGAAAAGGAACUCUCCCCCAAGUCCAUGAAGAGAUCCCAAUCGGUAGUGGAUCCUACAGUAUUAAAACGCAUGGAUAAAAAUGAGGAAGAAAACAUGCAGCCUUUGCUCUCCCUGGACUGAUAACUUCUCUGCACUCCCCAUGGAUUAGGAAUGGAAGAGAGAGAGUGUGUGUACAAGCAGGGGGUGGGGCAGAGGAAGAGGGAGAAGCAGGCUCCCCACUGAGCAGGGAGCCCGUCUUUGGAACUUGAUCCCAGGACCCUGGGAUCAUGACCUGUGCUGAAGGCAGUCAUUUAACCAACUGAGCCACCCAGGUGCCCUAAUGAGGGAAAAGAGACUUUUACCUAGAAUACUCUUUGAUACAUUUUAUGACUUUCUCUGGCUCGAAGCAGAUGACUUCCCUGUAAUCAGCUUUUGAAGUUAUCAAGAAUCAUUAUUGCCGCCUCUUUGUGAAGCCAUAUCAGUAGAAGGCUAUGUUUCUAGUAGCUACUGAAGAAGCAUCUUGAGUGGGAGUAAACCUAAGGCAACCAGAGCAUGCAUAAAAAGCCAGAGAUAAUGGAAUUCACUCCUCACUAAAAAGUGCAUUAAAGUGUAUUGAAGUAUACUAAAGUGUACAUGCAGAACAUGACUUCAAAAUGUCAAGGGUUUCUGUUAUCAAGAGUUAAAUACUUGGCCAAUAAAAAGAGUCUAUGAGGACACGAUGGUCAGGGAUCUGAUGUGUUUUCUGUCUUCACACAGCAAUAACAUCAGAAACCCUGUCUCUGAACAUCACUUCUCUCUGAAAAUGAAAAUGACUUUGCUCUCUUCUUCCCCCUUUUUUUUGUAACUGGAAUCAUAAAAUUAUCGGACAGAAACCACAAACACUCUGUUGUCUUUUAAGAAAAAAUGUGACAUUAUAUACAUAUAAACAUAAUUCACUCAGUUGCAUAGUAUUGAAUGCUUGCUUGUUGAUUUAUAAAUUUUUAUCUGGAGGUUUUUCAAAAAUAUGUAAGAUUCUAGUGCUAGAAAAUUAUGAAACAUUUUUUUGGAUCUGCCAUUCAUGGAGAAGACCAGUAAUAGCUUUCCUUUGAAAUCAGGUGUCUAAACAUUUCUCUGUAGAUGUCUAAUGAACAUCUCACAUUUAACAUUUACAAAAAACCAAACUUCUCUUCUUUCUUCCUGAACCUGCUUCUCCUUUAACCUUUCCAUCUCCCUAAGUGUCAGCUCAACCUUUCAGGCUCCAGGGUUGAAAACUUUUCAAUCAUCCUCUUUCUCCUGUCUUUCUCUCUCUUUCAACCACAUCUAAAAUCAGCUAGCUCAUACUGUGGUCUCUCCUACAAAAAGUAAUAUCCACACUCUGACCACUUCUCUAACCAUGAAAUCAUUACCUUGUUGCAAGACUUCAGCAUUUUCCAUCUAGAAUAUUUUAAUAAUCUGAAAACUAGUCUCUUUGCUUCUGCCCUUGGCCUCUAGAGUGGAUUUGUAACACUUUAGCAAGAGUGAGCUCAGAUCAUUUCGCUCUUCUGAAAGCCUGCAAGAAUAAAAACCAAUGUCCUUAUAGUGGAGAUUGAGGAGAAUUGGUAGGGAAGUCUGUAAGCACCAGCAGAGCAGAAUGGUGUAUUUUCUGACUGAGUUGGGCUUUCACCUGUAUCAUGCAAAAGUAAUUGUUAAAUACUUUAAUUUCUUGCUUUUAAAGUUCUACAUAAUACACCUUCUCACCCCUGACCUGGACUUUUCUUAAGACUAUUUCUUCUACUCUAUUCUCUUGCCAAAUUGUCAUCCUUGCUGUGCCAAGAGUUUGCUAAUCAUCCUUCCAGCUCAGAACCUUUGUACUUUUGUUCCUACUGCCUCUUUCCAACCUCCCCCAUAUGCAGAUAGUUCAUUCCCCCAUGUCCUUCAUCUUUGUUAAAAUGUCACCUUCUUAGAGAGAAUGCUCUAAAUUUUCAUACUUAAAAUUACAUGGCCCUAUGGUUCUUCACACUUCCCUUUUCUACUCUUUUUCUUCCUCAUAGCUUUUAUCAUCUUCUAAUAUUCCACAUAGCAUAUAUUUUUGUUUAUUUUACACUUUUUCUUAAUAGAAUAUGAACACACAAGCAGGGAUUUUUUUCUGUCUUGUUUAGUGUUGCAUUACUGGUGCCUUAAUAGUGCCUGGAAUUUAGUAGCAAAUCCAAAACCAUUUCAUGAAGAUCUUCAUUAGUUUCAACAUGUAAUGUUAUGUAGUAGCCAGUAGUAUGCAUUUAAGGAGAAGUGUUUUGUUUUUUUUGUUUUUGUUUUUGUUUUUUUUUUAAUAAGAUACAUCUUUUUGUUAUUCAUCUUCAAAGGGAAAGUUUUCCCCUCUGAUGAUGGUGGAAACAUGAACCAAAAAUUAUGUUCCAUUCUGCCUCAAGUCUGAUGUCUACCCCAGGGCCCAAGUUUUAUAUUAGUGUUUGAGCUUGGUCUUUGGAAGUUACUCUAAGAUCAUUGGACCUUUUAUCUAUAAUAUGCAUGGCUUACCCUUACUUUUGGAGAGACUACAAGACAACGCUGAUGAAAAGCUAUUUUGAGCUCAAAAUCAUCGUAAAUUUUUCUUUGUUGAUUAUCCUAGUUAGUUCCAAUUUAAAAUUUGCAAGAAGUUGAAAGACCAUAAUUCUUCCAAUAUUGGAAACCAGAGUAAGGGAAAAUGCCAAGACAGUUACCUUAGGUGGAAAGAAGAAAGAAGGAGGUGGGGGAAAAUUUAUGAUCACUCCUUCUCUGAAUAUAAGUGAAGCUUUUUGGUGUUUCUAAAAUCUUCCCAGGAUCUUAGAAAUAUAUAUUACUACCAUUUAGUCUGGUUGGUUUAAUAGAAGUCCUAUCAGUUGACUUGUAUGUUUGAUAUCUUUGUAUAUUUUUUUACUUUGAAGGUUAUAGUUCUGAUACCACAUGACAGGAACUGCUCUUGUUGGUAUAUCCUGACUGGUUCUUCCCCUUCUCUGCAUUUCAAUAGUAGCUAUUAUUUUCUAAACCUUACAAUCACAUUAUUAUCCUUGACUAUCCUCAUAAUUUUGUCCCCUACAAUUUGGACUGACUUCAUCAUAAUUUUAGUAACUAAAUAUCUUAGAUUUUCAUCCUUGGCAGUUUAUUUUCUCAUUCUUAUCAAACCUACACUAUUUCCUUCCCUUCACGACCCUGUGUGCCUUUCUCUACAUUGUAAUAAUUCAAGCUUCCGGUUUUACCACCUCCAAUCAGGUCUUCUAUUAAGAAGACACUGAAAAGAAGUGUGGCGUCGAAGUGAAAUUGAAGAAGGAAUUGUAACCUGAAGAAUAAGAAUAGAUGUUUGAAAAUGUUUUCAGAAGACAAUCAAUCUUUUAGUGGCUUUAUAAUGAGUAUUUUGUAGCAUAUUGGUAAUCAAUUCAGAUUAUGUUUCUUGCCAGUUACACAAAUACAUGCAGUCAGGGUUAAUGUGUAAUUUGGAAAAACUUCUAUAGAGAAGAAACUAAAAGGCCCAUGCUUGGGAAAAAGGUAGACUUUUCUUCGUUUCUUACUUUUUUAUCUUUAGCCAUCUGGACAGUCGAAGGCAUUUGCCUCUGUGACACCCUUUUUUUCCAGUCUUCAAGAAUGUGUGUAGCAUCACUUCAGAAAUAGAGUUCAAGUACACACACACACACAGAGUGCAUGGAAGAUACUGUAGUUUGUGUCAUCUUCUACCAAAUUUUGUUGUUUUUUUUAAUGCAUUAUUUUUAUGAUUGAAUCUUAGGAAUAUAUUCAUUGGUAAAUUUUAUUAAUUCUAUCCACCUUUAAAUGGAUUUAGAAAUUUUACAAGUCCUCUAUUAUAUUCUUAAAACCAUAGUAUUAACGUUUCACUGUAUGUCAAGGUUAUUUCAUAUCCCUCUUGAUCUCUGAGGAUGAAUGGAAUUCUGCUAAAUGUUACUAAAUGAAAUUUUGGAUUCAGAAAUGUGAAUGUGCAUAUGUCCCUUUUGAACUUUUUAUCAUAAACUAAAUUUCUGUAAAUUUGGAAAAUAUAUCAUAUUAAAUAGCUAUGAAUAAAUUUGUCAUUAAAAUAUGGAGAUAUGACAUUGGUGUUAGUAUUUGGGAGUUUACAAUGCUUUCAAACAGCUUUUAAAUGUGUGUGGGCAUAUUAUAAUGCUAUUUUGAUUUAUUGUUGACUUGAUCCAAUGUAUUUGAUAAAACUGGUGUAACUCCAAAUCACUAUCAAGUCACUUCCUGACUUCUAGAAUGACAGAAUGAACAUACAAGCCAGUGUCAGUUACAAAGUUUACCCCUUGAAGCAAUGGAGUGGAUUGAAUGAUGAUUUCAGUUUAUUUCAUUUCAACAUUAACAAAUAUUUAUUUAGCACUUGUUCCACCCCAGAUACUGUUCUAAAUUCCAGGGAUAUGGCAGGAAAACAAAGCCCCUGUUCUGAAAGUCACAUUCUAGGGAGAAGACAUACAAACAGUUAUGUACUGUUAUGUACUGUCAUGUGGUGUUUUCAAUGUGAUGAAAAGUUGCCUAGUUUAAUUUUGUGAUACUGCUGGCACUCUGUUUCCUCAUCUAUGAAAUGGGGCAAUGAUUGUAUCCACAGUGUGAGCUAAUUUUUGAUAACUGGCCCAUUCCGUCUCAUGGAAAAGUGCAAUAUCCUCUUCUCAUAUUUGUGCUGUUGGGGGAUGACUAUUAGGGUUUUUUGGUUCCUUCCUUUCUGCUGGGGGUGGGGGUAGUUGCAGGAGCUGUUGACCCUCAGGGAUAAUGCUGCUCACAAUCUGCCUUUCAGGGUGGUCCAGAGGUGCCGCUUCUCUGCUAUUUUGUCCCUUUUCAGGUAGAUACCUUACCACUCUGACUCAUUAAAAUUGAAAAGCAAACAUUGAUUUUCAUCAGAAAAGAAGACAAAGAGGAACCAAAGAUAAGCAAAUUCUGACAGACUAUAUGAUUUAAUCUUUCCAUUUAAUCUGUUAGUUUCCUUUAUCCACAGAGAACCACAAACCCAUUGUUUUCCUGGACAGGUUUGGGUAUAUUCUAUGUACCACAGUUAAAGGAAGCUCUGACCAUUGUAGUUCCAGAGGUACUAACUUAGGUAGUAUUAAAAGGGUUAUUUCCUACUGGUAUGUGAAGUUUAGUGAGAAGUUUUGCUUCUUAAAAAGCAAAGUCACAUUAUAAAAUACCUAGAGAAACUCAUUAGGGGAAAGCUUCAAAAUAUAGGUAGACUAGAAUAUACCAUGAAUACUGAUUAUAAUUCAUCUAGGAGGAGCCAUGAGUAAAUAAAAGUUUCUCUUAUGAAAUAUAGGGAAAAAUAAUCCCAGCAAAUGACUUCUAUCUUAAGGAAAUGUGGAGCUUCUCUAUUUCUGUUCAUAUAGAAAAACAUUAAAGGAAUGUGUCUGUGUUAGGGCAGACUAGAUGGCAUGUUCAUCGAUACACAGAAAAACUGAGUUAUUUCACAUACUGACUUUUAUAAAAAAAUUUAAGAACAUUAAGAAGUGACUCAUUAUGUUUAUGAAGAAAAAACAUAAUUUAUUGUGGCCGUAAUAAAACAUCUUGAUUCUAGAAGGAAGAAGGUAUAGACACCCUUCAGAUGGCCUACUUUUUGAAACUUGCUUAUGAAGUCUCUAUAAAUUUAUUUUCCUCAUUGAUUAUAUACUGAAGAUUUUAGUUGAUCUUAGAAAAAAACAGUGAUUUUUACACAACUUAUUUACUAAAGGGUAAUUGAAAGCAUUUUUCUAGAGCAAAGUAUUUUAAACCAUAUUUUGCCACAAUUGAUCUUUUGUCAUUUAAUGGACAUCAUAAACAUGUUUUAGCAAACUUUUCUCAAGAGUAGUAGAACAAACAGUAUACUUAAAGACUUAAACAAAAAACUGUAAAUAUUUUAACUUGGAAUAAUUAUGAGACUAUUUACUAAUUAUAAAUAUAUGUGAUUAAUGGAGACUGACAUUAUCAUUAACACUUCAGUAAAAAAAAAAAAUAAAAGAAAUUUUAUUAUUAUCCCUCAGGUAUGGCCCUCUUACCUCAAACAAAAACUACCUCUGUUCUUACAUUCCUUGAGAAUAAUAGAUGCUACUACUGGAAGAUUGUUUAGAUAUUAAAUAAUCCAAAUUGCUUAUUUUGUUAGUACAUAAAUGGAGACCUAUAAAUAGUCUGUCUUGUUAGAAGUCAUACAAAAAAUUAAGGGUAGAAAAGGCUCAACCAGUCCAGUGAUAUUGUUAUUGCUUUUAAGAACUUUCCCCUUAUUCUCCUAACCCUUUUUCUAUUUAACUCUCUUCUGCCUGCAUAUGAACGUAUUUCAUUUUCUCUAUUUCUUGGGAUUCUUCACCAUUAUUACAUUAGAUAAAAUACAUUCAUUCAAAGAGGGCAACACUCACGGACUUCACAUUAGAUACAGACUCUAUAUAUCCACUAUUCCCAAACUUUCAGAAUCUUAGCAAUCAAUAGCUUCAGGAUAAGCCCGGUUCUACAGGAAGAUGAAACUUUAUCAGCUUAUCUCUAAAUGAAAUAGUCAUUUAAUAAAACCAACUAUAGUGUUUAGAAGCAUGUGUUCCUUGAUAUUAAGAAGAAAGUGGGAUGUGGAGCAUCUCAGCCCAGCUACUCCAUUUAGCUCUUGACCAUCUUCUCUACAUUUGUCAGUGCAUUAAGGCAAGUAGGACAGGAUGUUACUUCCAAAAUGGCUCCCAAACCACCAUUCAGAUAUAUGGGAGAACUAGGGUCCUGUUGGGGAGAGUUUCCCAUGAGUCAGGUCAGGUGUUUCCUCUACUCUAUUUAUUGAUGUUGUGCAGUUCUCAUAAGACCUACUAUAGGAAUUUUGUGGACUGGAGUAUUUAGCAGAUUGGAUUUUCUGAAAUCCUUAAAAAAAAUGGAGAGAUGUGUGGAUCUUAGAAAAUUGGCUAAUCUAAGCAUAAACAUAUUUAAGUCCGUUCACUAAAAGGGAGUAAAAGGGCCGAGCAUCAGAUUUUACUUGAGAUUAUUUCAGCCUUGCUAUUGUUGAGUUUGGAAAGGCUGACUUUGGAAUUACUUGGCCGCUAUUAUUUAAUGUUACUUUUUAACUGCUUUUUUUUCGCUUUUAAAACAAUAUGUAAAGACAUUGUAUUAGGGGCACACUGAGAAUAUAAAUGAUACACAGAGUCAUGCUCUCUUAAAGCAUUUUAAAAAGAUGUACCUAUGAUACUAUUGUAUUCCAAGUUAUCUAGUUAUCUAGUUUAGAUAUGAUUGCUCUUUGGGAAAAGAAAUUAUGAUUAAAAACAGUAUAGCGUCAUAUAUAAUAUUAUAUGAGUGUCAUACAUAAUAUUAUAUGUUAUGAUAAAUUUCAAAUAUAUUAAAAAUUUUUAAAAGAAAAAGGGAACCACAGAAGUAUUGGUAGAAAGCAAGAAAGAAUGCCUUGAUGAUCUUGGAAUAAAGGCCUUUAAACUAUGACUCAAAUUUCAGAAAGUUAAAAAAAGGUUACAUUUGAUUCAAUGAAAAAAUGAAAUUCAAAUAUUUUUGCAUGGAAAAAAAUCAUAAGCAAAGUCAAAAGGCAAAUGAGAAACUGGGAAAAUUUUCAACUUAUAUCACAGACACAGUCAGGCUUUCCAACAUAGUAAGAGGUUUCUAGAAAUUGAUAAGAAAAGGAAAAACCCUAUAGAAAAAAGGGCAGUUGAUAUGAACAGAUGGUUUACAGAAAAGAAAAUAUAGUAUCUUUAAAAAUAUGAAAAAAACGCUAUGCCAUACUCAAAAUGAGAGAAAUAGAAAUUCAAACGAUGGAGUAGUCUGAUAAUAUACUCUUUCUCAAGGAAGCUAUGAAGAAAUAACCUCUCCUCAUAUUCCUUUUAGAAAGGAUGGUAGAUAGAUAUUUGGCAAUAUCUAUCAAAAUUAUAAAUGGGAGUUACUCUGAUCCAGCUACUCUUUUGGGAAUUUAUCCUUCAGACAUGCCCACAUGAGAAAUAUUUCAGAAGAUAUAUCCAAAUAUUUUCCCAAAUAUAAAUAUUUCCAAAGAUAUUUAUAGAGUAAUUGUUUGCAGGAACAAAAAUUUGGGAAGAAAAACGUAAAAAUAUAUGAUAUAUCCACAGAAAGGAUACUAUGCAAAUUUGAUAUAAUCUGUGUAAAUAAACAAGAACUCUAUACAAAUCUAAAAGAAAACGAGAAAACACUUUAUGUGCUGAAAUAGAUCUCUAAAUAUAUUAUUGAGAAAAAUAGCCAGGACAGAAUAUUGUACAGAAUAUGUUAUGGUUAAUGUAAAAAAGUGGGUUGGAAAAAAAUACUCAUAUUUGCUUAUAUAGUGAGGAAAUGCAGAUGAACCUAAGGGAUUAAUAACAUCUAUUGUGUGUUGGGAGAAUUGGAAAUUGCGUGGAUUAAGACAGGGCAAGAAAGAAAUUUUCAUUUUUCAGCUUUCUACAUUUUUUAUUGUUGAAUUUUGUGAAUGUAUUAUUUAUUGAAAAAUCAAAUAAAAAAACUUAAGAAUUU